GAAGGAUCUUGUCCGUAUUCCUCGGUAGAAGUAGGUUGACUGAGAUACUCCGGAUAGUUACCAGAGGGACGACGGGUCUGCCAAUGGUCGCACGGCACCGCCAUGAUGUUGGCGCCUGCAAGUCUCCACUGCAAAAAAAGCGAGGCUGGACGACUCUCCUUCCACCAGCUGCCUGAUGGCUCUUGCUUUGCGGGCCCUUUUCAUUUCAAUUUCGAUAUAAAGUGCCUCUGCGGCCAGUCAUGCCCACUAUGCCUGCCCUGACCUGCACCUUCCUGGAUCUCGGUGGUGUCCCUCACUUUGCAAUUUAUCUACUUGUUCCCCACCAGACCAUCGUCACCACAUACUCCUGCACGCCGUUUUGAUUAUUGGUCAGCUUGGUGAAGCUUUCGGCACUCCGUUGCUCUUUUCUUUUUCUUGUCUUUUUCGAUCUUUCUUUGGGUUUCUCUCGUCGGAUUCUCUUGUUUACUGCCAACCAACCUCACCAUGAAGCUCUCCGUCCUCAAGGUCGCCACCUCUCUACUCUUCUCUUCGACUGCAGUGGUGGCUCAGACGUUUUCGGAUUGUAACCCAAGACAAGACUCCUGUGAGCCUAAGCCGGCAUUCGCGAGUUCCUCGAAAUUCGAUUUCACGCAAGGGAAAUCCGACGACUUUCAACAGACUGGAAAUCCAAGUUACGACAGCAAUGGCGCUGGAUUUACGGUGUCCCAGCAGGGCGACGCGCCCCUGCUCAAUUCGAAAUGGUACAUCAUGUUUGGACACGUUGAAUUCACGAUCAAGGCCGCCCCGGGCAAGGGAAUUGUGAGCAGUGCCGUGUUACAGUCGGACGACCUGGAUGAAAUCGACUGGGAAUGGCUUGGCGGCAACAAUGCCCUGGUUCAGAGCAACUAUUUUGGAAAGGGAAACACCGACAGUUUCAACCGUGGUGCGACGCACAACAACCCGGGGAACCACGACGACUUCCACACAUAUACCAUUGAUUGGACGAGCUCUCAGAUCGUGUGGCAGAUCGACGGCAAAACCGUCCGAGUCCUGACCCCGGACACUGCGGAGGAGAACCAGUAUCCCCAGACGCCGAUGAUGAUCCGGGUUGGCGUGUGGGCCGGUGGUGACCCGAACAACCCGCAGGGAACUAUUGACUGGGCUGGCGGAGAGGUUGACUACAGCGCUGGGCCCUACACGAUGUACCUCAAGUCGCUGAAAGUCACCGACUAUUCCACCGGAUCCACGUACUCUUAUGGCGAUAAGAGUGGAUCGUGGGAGUCGAUCCAAGCUGAAGGGGGCAAGGUCAACGGUAACAGUGGAGCCGAGUCCUUUUCCAGUGUUCAGUCUGCCCCAACCGUGACCGCGACGGUUGACAGUAUCCCCAUCCCGUUCAGUGGUACCCACCGCGAAACCUCGAGCUUUGUAACCCCGGACAUCUGGCCUUGGGUUCCGACGCCAACCAAGUCCUCUACAAGGCCUGAGCGGACGUUCCCUGAUGGCUGGACCUCUUCCGGUUCUGGACCCGUCCAGCCGCCCAGUGCGGCUUCUGUGAUCUACUUUCCAAUCUACAUCAGUGUCGUCGCCCUCUUCGCCGGCUUCAGUCUCCCCAUCCGUCUCGCGCUCUGGUCAUGAGACUGAACCGGGGACUCUCACCUCAACCGGUUCUCAGACCCAGUCAACCGAUCCUUCUUU